CAGCAUUGGGCGACGCAUAUAUACAGGUACAUUAGCUCUAUAGAUUUACUGUAUUAGUCUUCAAACAUUUAACUGACAGCAUUCCAUAUAGAUGUUAGAUUUACACCAGUGAGGAAGGGACUUUGGUCUGUGAUAGUCCACACUGCUUAACAAUGGAUUUACUCAUCGGCCAGGAGGUUAACUUGUAUCCUACAUUCUAAAAAAAGGGUGAUAUUUUGUGAGUUACAAGUGUUGUAAACAUGGCAGUGGUCACAUCACAUAUAAAGAUGACUGCCAAGGAGCCACCGGCACAGGAGAGCCACAGGCAACAAGUGGACAGAGUCCUCAAUGAAUUGUCUCGUGGCACGUUACUCCACAAGGUCAAAAGUGGGGGCAUGUUAUAUCCGCGGACCUUCUACCUAGACACGAAGGACAUGGUCCUACGCUACACAGGCUCGGAGAAACGCUUCCGCAAGAAAAAACUCUCAUGGCAAAUUUCAAAGAUUCGAGAAGUUCGAGAUGGAGAAAAGGAUUACUCCAAAAGAUUGGACCCUUUUGAUACUCCAAGCCUGAGAGGGCGUUGCUUCGCAGUGAUAUUUGGAGCCAACCAUGAGGUCCUCUAUCUGUACAGUAACUCUAUAUACGAACGUGACAUGUGGGUCAAGGGCAUCCAGUUCGCCAUUCAUAUGGAACAAUAUAUGGACCAGAAACAGCAGGCCGACAGAUGGAUCAAGGAUGCCUUCAACAUGGCGGACAAAAAUAACGAUGGCAGUCUAGACUUUGAAGAAGUGAUGAAACUUCUGAAACAGUUGAAUGCUGACAUGGACAAGAAAUAUGUGAAAGCCUUAUUUGAUAAAGCUGACACAGAGAAGUCUGUUAAAGGCAAGUCUCGCCUAGACAAAUCGGAGUUUGUACAGUUCUAUCACCUCCUCACGGAGAGGGCAGAGAUUGAGGAAAUUUUCCUCAGGUAUGAUGGAGGUAAGGGAUACAUGGACUGCCAGGACCUCAUGCGCUUCCUCAAAAAUGACCAAAAGCUGACCAUGCACGAAGAUGACAUUAAUGAGAUCAUUGCUGCGUAUGAGCCCCAGAAACAGUUACAGCUAGAGGACCAUAUGAGCCUUAUAGGUUUCAGAACAUUCCUUACAAGUCGAGACCAACAAAUGUUUAACCCAUCGUGUCGCCGUGUGUAUCAAGACAUGACACAACCGAUCACAAAUUAUUUUAUCUCCUCAUCACAUAACACAUAUCUAGUGGAAGAUCAACUGAAGGGUCCCAGUCGUGUGGAGGCCUAUAUCACUGCUCUGUCACGUGGCUGUCGCUGUGUCGAACUUGAUUGUUGGGAUGGACCAGAUGACGAGCCUGUGAUUUACCAUGGUUAUACCCUCACCUCUAAGAUUCUGUUCCGUGAUGUGAUCGGUGCCAUAAAGGACUAUGCCUUCCACUCCUCACCAAGGGAUCAAGGGGACAGAAGUUACCCAGUGAUCUUGUCCAUAGAAAACCAUUGUUCUAUAAAGCAGCAGACGGUCAUGGCAAAACAUAUACGCAGCAUUCUAGGAGAUUUAGUGUAUGCUCCUACAGAACUACCAGAAAAGGUUCCAUCUCCUGCCGAUUUGAUGGGAAAAAUUAUCCUUAAGGGUAAGAAGUUACCAUGGAGUCACAGUACAGAGGAAGCUGAGGUGAGUGAUGAGGAGGAUGAGGCGGCCGAGAGUCAGGAGGACGUCAAGAGUAAAGCCAAAAACAAACACAAGCUUUCCAAACAGUUCUCGGAUGCCGUCGGCAUGAAGGCCAUCAGCUUCAAGUCUAUAGAUGAAUCCAUUGCAUCAAAUGGUAUUUUUGUGUCACUUGGAGAGAGCAAAGUCCUCAAGAUGGUCAACAAUGAAAUAAAAGGAGUGAAUCGACUUUCCCAUCACAUGUUGGUGAGGACCUACCCGUCUGGCUCGCGGACAGACUCCAGUAAUUAUAGCCCGGUCCCUAUGUGGACGGCUGGCUGUCAAGUGGUUGCCUUGAACUUCCAGACAACAGGUGGGGAACCCAUGCAACUACUUCAUGGAAAGUUCAUGGACAAUGGAGGCUCCGGAUACAUACUUAGACCGGACUUCCAAUUAUCAGAAGAAAAGUUUGCUGCACAACUGGCAAAACCAACAAAGAAGAAGAGAUUGAAAUUGAAGAUCAUUAGUGGCUACCAGAUUCCUAAGCCAAAAGAUUCCAAGAAAGGGGAGGUAAUUGAUCCAUUCAUCAAGAUUGAGAUACACGGAGCCAAGUCUGACAACCAGCAAGUGAAGACCAGUGUAAUACAAAACAACGGGUUCAACCCCCAGUGGAAUGAGACUGUAAGCUUCACCUUGAACUUCCCGGACUUGGUGUUGUUACGAUUUGCUGUAUACGACAGUGACAGAUAUGUAGAUGAUUUCAUCGGCUAUUACGUCAUCCCACUCUCUUGUCUUCAACAGGGGUAUCGUCACUUCCCUCUGUUUAACAAGACCUGCGACCAGCUUCCUCAAGCGCUGAUAUUCGUCCAUACAGAGAUAAUGGAUGCCUGACGACCACCUGAAGACCACCUCUAUACCGUUGGUUGUACUGCUGAACUUUGAGGACAUAAUGAUGGAUGUACAUUUAAUCUGUGUCAAAAAGUGUUAAUACCACCGAGAUUUUAAUCUAAGCAAUAAUACUUUGUGACGUUGCCUUUCUUACAUUGAUGGCAGCCAUGUCUGUGAUUACCUGAAAAGCAGGUCUUUGACAAAGAUUUCAGCUAGGAUUAAUAUUUUCAUAGGAAAGAUCUGCUUAUUGCUACAUGUACAUUGUACAUGGAUGAGCCUUUUAUUGCUAGGUGCUUGUCAAGUUGAUAAGUACAUGAUAUCAAAGUUGUGGAACUUGUGGACUGUGGUCUAUCAAAGUUGUGGAUCUCUAGACCAAAGUCUAUCAGAGAUGUGGAUGUUAAUAGACUGAGGUCUAUCAGAGUUGUGGAACUUUAGUCUGAGGUCUAUCAGAGUUGUGGACCUGUUGACUGAGGUCUAUCAGAGUUGUGGAACUUUAGACUGAGGUCUAUCAGAGUUGUGGACCUGUAGACUGAGGUCUAUCAGAGUUGUGGAUCUCUAGACUGAGGUCUAUCAGAGUUGUUGAUCUUGAGUCUGAGGUCUAUCAGAGUUGUGGAACUUUAGUCUGAGGUCUAUCAGAGUUGUGGAACUUUAGUCUGAUUCUAUCAGAGUUGUGGAACUUUAGUCUGAUUCUAUCAGAGUUGUGGAACUUUAGACUGAGGUCUAUCAGAGUUGUGGAACUUUAGACUGAGGUCUGUCAGAGUUGUGGACUUUUAGACUGAGGUCUAUCAGAGUUGUGGAUAUUUAGACUGAGGUCUAUCAGAGUUGUGGAUCUUUAGUCUGAGGUCUAUCAGAGUUGUGGAUAUUUAGACUGAGGUCUAUCAGAGUUGUGGAACUUUAGUCUGAGGUCUGUCAGAGUUGUGGAUAUUUAGACUGAGGUCUAUCAGACUUGUGUAACUUUAGACAGAGGUCUAUCAGAGUUGUGGAACUUUAGACUGAGGUCUGUCAGAGUUGUGGACUUUUAGACUGAGGUCUAUCAGAGUUGUGGAUCUCUAGACUGAGGUCUAUCAGAGUUGUGGAUAUUUAGACUGAGGUCUAUCAGAGUUGUGGAUCUUUAGUCUGAGGUCUAUCAGAGUUGUGGAUAUUUAGACUGAGGUCUAUCAGAGUUGUGGAUCUUUAGUCUGAGGUCUAUCAGAGUUGUGGAUAUUUAGACUGAGGUCUAUCAGAGUUGUGGAACUUUAGUCUGAGGUCUGUCAGAGUUGUGGAUAUUUAGACUGAGGUCUAUCAGAGUUGUGUAACUUUAGACAGAGGUCUAUCAGAGUUGUGGAACUUUAGACUGAGGUCUAUCAAAGUUGUGGAACUUUAGACAGAGGUCUAUCAGAGUUGUGGAACUUUAGACUGAGGUCUAUCAGAGUUGUGGAACUUUAGUCUGAGGUCUAUCAGAGUUGUGGAUCUUUAGUCUGAGGUCUAUCAGAGUUGUUUGUGGAUCUUUAGUCUGAGGUCUAUCAGAGUUGUGGAUCUUUAGUCUGAGGUCUAUCAGAGUUGUGGAUCUUUAGUCCUAGGUCUAUCAGAGUUGUGGAUAUUUAGACUGAGGUCUAUCAGAGUUGUGGAACUUUAGACUGAGGUCUAUCAGAGUUGUGGAUCUUUAGUCUGAGGUCUAUCAGAGCUGUGGAUCUUUAGUCCGAGGUCUAUCAGAGUUGUGGAUAUUUAGACUGAGGUCUAUCAGAGUUAUAGAACUUUUGACUGAGGUCUAUCAGAGUUGUGGAACUUUAGACUGAGGUCUAUCAGAGUUGUGGAUAUUUAGUCUGAGGUCUAUCAGAGUUGUGGAUAUUUAGACUGAGGUCUAUCAGAGUUGUGGAACUUUAGACUGAGGUCUAUCAGUUAUGGAACUUAAGACAGACAGCUGUGGAACUUGUCAAUAUCUUACACAGCUGUAGAAUGAAAGUGUUGGACGAAAGAAUUUUUGAAACUUGUAUGUACAUGUAAAUGUUUCAAUAAUUUAGUUUAAAUAGAUUAAGAUAGUCUUUUUUUCUCUAUUUCUCAUUAAUAUGUAUUUCAACUGAUACAAUUUUACAUUAAAGAUAGUUUCAAUAGUAUUUUAA